AUGGGCUUCGAUUGUGGCUUUGAUAUCUAUCCACGGCUGGAAGCGACCGCCGCAAACCAAAUCAUCUAUCAAAGGUUCCUGGAGGAAAUUACAAAAGAAUAUGGGGAGGUCUAUGAAAAAGAAGGAAGGCGAUCGGAUGGCAAAGUGCUAACUACGUCGACAGAGUCCGAUCCCUCCGACAAAUCAUAUAUUUGGUUCAUGGUCGGCGAGUGUCCGCAUUUGCCGAGCAAUCCCAAUACAUGUGAUUACUUCCUCCGCUUCAGCUCAAAGAUCAGUGGGGGUUUGACAUCACCUGCCGAACCGUACAUCAGAGGCGUAUACAAAAUUGCAAAAAAGUACUUUGGUGGUAGGGUCCAUUUCUGGCACGAGAUGAAUGAAACUGGUGAUGAGAGGCAAUAUGGCUAUUAUGAUUGGCGAACGAUAAAUGAUACGAGUAAGAAGCUCAAAGAGCAGCGGGAUCUGAUAGAUUUCAUGGAUGAGGGAAGAGAGACGACCCUGCAUCACUCAGCGUCAUCACAAUGCACCUCGGGCGUGCCUCGAAUUCCAUCCCAAGGCUCAAAGCAGGAUGGCAGUUCCUCGCAACCUGCACGGAACGAUUACUUUUCACCGUCCUCACCUCUCGGAACAGAUGCAACAAAGAAUGCAUAUGUCAUCAGACCGGUUCAGGGGAAGGGACAAGGCUUGUUUGCCACUUCCAAAAUCCACAAAGGCACGCGUAUACUUUCAGAGGCACCCAUUUUUAAAAUCCCCCGCGACGAGCCCGACAUUGAGGUUGUAGAUCACGCUAUCAUCAGGGCAUUGAAGAUUCUAGAUCGGGAUCAUCAACGAGCAUUCUUUGGUCUUCACAACGCCUAUGGAAAAUCUCAUACUCCGUUCCUUGGAAUUGCUAGGACCAACGCUCUACCCCUCGGCUCCGAAGCCCGCGAAGUUGGCAUUUUCCUUGACGCAUCUCGUUGUAACCACUCGUGUCAAGCUAAUGCCCAAAAUACCUGGAAUGCAAGCAUCGGAUGCCUCACUAUCCACGCACUCCGUGACAUCGAAGAGGGACAGGAAAUCACCAUCUCUUACCUGGGUCGCAGGAUGGAAUUUGCAGAGCGCCAAGUUUUCCUGAAGGCAAAGUUCUUUUUUGAUUGUAGCUGCGACCUCUGCACGCUGUCGCUGGUCCAACGUGAGAAAAGCGACCUCAGACUGCGGAAGAUCCAAUUCAUUGACGAUUCGCUUGGCGAGUCCACCUCCGACUACGACACAGGACUUUAUCUCGCGCAUACCUUACUUCAUUUAUUGGAAGAGGAAGGCAUCUGCGAUGCAGGUGUUCCAAGAGUCUACUACGACGCAUUUCAAAUGGCGAUCGCGAACGGGGAUGAGGCAAGAGCAAAGAUCUUUGCUGAGAGAGCAUAUGCUGCUAGGGUGCUUAUCGAGGGUGACGAUAACCCAGACACAGCGAAACUAAGAACAUUGACUGAGCGACCUUCUCAGCAUCCGCUCUACCAAACCAACAAGGAUUCCCCACCAGACAUCACUCCUCCUCGAGAGAUUGAUCAGCCGAAGUUCGAUGACUGGCUUUGGAGACGGAAAGAGUGGUCUGAGCAACCGGUUGCCUCGAGUGCCAAUGAUCCUUGGGAUAUUUUCAGUAACGAUCCCCCGCAUAUCUACGGCCAGUUUCUGAACGAUGGGGAGUCUGAGAGCUUUGACUCGUUGAGUACCAGUUCAAUUCAGGCAGCUCUAUUUCGGAGUCUCAGCAAGUCGCGAUUUAAUUAA